CGCACAGCGGCUACUCUGUUUGUGUCAUGGCGCUGCGCGGAGGAGCUCUGCGCUUCCCACUGCUAGCCAGGAGAUGUAGCUUCUCCAAGUUCACCUCGUUUGUCAGCGCUCGGCCGUUGUCUGAAAGCGUGUCAUCUAAACCAGUAACGUCCAGUGCCCAAGACCCCGCGGGCGACCAUAUAAUCUACACACAAGAGCACUUUGCAUUAAAGGAGUCCCUCAGAAAGCUCAUCGACCAGGAAAUCAACCCUCAUGUGGAUCAGUGGGAAGCAGAAGGGAAGUUUCCAGCCCACAAAGUCUUCAAGAUCUUAGGAAGUGCCGGCUUUCUAGGAGUCAACAAACCCGUUGAGUAUGGAGGCUUGGGACUUGACUUCAGCUACAGCGUGGCAGUGUCAGAGGAGCUGGGAAACAUCCGCUGCGGAGGCAUCCCCAUGGCCAUCGGUGUACAGACCGACAUGACUACUCCGGCACUGGCCAGGUUCGGUUCAGAGGAGCUCAAGAAAGAGUUCCUCCUUCCGUCCGUCAUGGGGGACAAAGUGGCCUGCCUUGGAGUUAGUGAAGUCGGAGCUGGAUCCGAUGUCUCAAGCAUCAAGACCAAAGCGGUGAGGAAAGGGGAUGAGUACGUGAUCAACGGGGGAAAGAUGUGGACCACCAACGGCACCCAGGCCGACUGGAUGUGUCUCCUCGCCAACACCAGCGACGGACCGCCCCACAGGAACAAAUCUCUCAUCUGUAUGCCCAUGAACCUGCCAGGAGUGCAAAUCGCACGCAAGAUUGAUAAGCUGGGCAUGUGGUCAUCAGACACGGCUGAAGUGUUUUUCGAUGACGUCCACGUGCCCUGUAAGAACAUAAUCGGCGAGGAAGGCAUGGGCUUCACAUAUCAGAUGCUUCAGUUCCAGGAAGAGCGGCUGUGGGCGGUGGCCAAUGUCCUGACCACGAUGGACACCAUCAUCCAGGAGACCAUCCAGUACACGCGGCAGAGGAAGAUCUUCAAGCAGCCGGUGCUCUACCACCAGGCCGUUCACUUCAGGUUGGCAGAGCUGCAGACGGAGGUGGAGCUGCUCCGCUCCCUCCUCUACCGUGCUACAGCAUUGUACAUCAAAGGCAACGAUGUCACCAAACUGGCAUCCAUGGCCAAGUUAAAAGGGGGCCGCCUGGCCAGAGAAGUGAGCGACAGCUGUCUCCAGUUCUGGGGAGGGAUGGGAUUCACCAGUGAUGUGCUGGUCAGCAGAUUUUACAGGGAUUCCAGGUUGAUGUCGAUUGGUGCAGGAGCUGAUGAGGUCAUGCUGGGAAUCAUUUCCAAGUACAUGGACAUUCUACCUAAGAAGUGAUGUCAUCGGUGGCUGCCCACGCAACUGAUAUUUUGCUUGGAAAAAUAGAACGGAUCACCUAAGUGCAGAUAUAUUUUAACAAUUUGACCUCUUCAGCAUAUGAGGAUGUUUUUCAUUUUGCCUUUGAUUGUUGUAACGACACCGUAUGCCGUCCUCAAAACUGCUCCAAACACUCAGAAGAGUGAAGCUGUACAGUUUAGGCAUCAUUGUGUUUCUUUUAAAAGACUUUGUAGAAAAAGAUUUUUGUAGAAUGGAUGACAAAAAAAAUAAUGUGAAUAAAAAUGGUUGUUGUGUAAAGUAAAUAUCCAGCUCAGGUUCAUCGUAGUGUCCAUGUGUAAAUGACAGAUUUAUACAGCUGUGUAGAAACAUCUACAGCACAUUCUAUAUGUGAGAAAGUAGCAUAAACUCGUACUAGCCAAGUCGGUGCAUAAAAUUUGUUUAUUUACAUUAACAUUUUUACAACACAGUUAAGACAAUGAAGUAUUCUGCUAUUGUUUUCAUGGCUGUGAAAUAAUGUCCAUUCAUUAUUUAAAGCCAAUCCACUACAUUGUGUGUUUAAUGUAUAAUUCUAUAAAUUAAGUUGAAUAAUAAACUACUAACAGUUG